AUGAUAGGAUUCGGUUAUGAUCCUGAUGAAGAAGACAUGGAUCAAUCAAUGCUGGACCAGUACACUGCGCUAGAAAUGCUGACCCCUUUGGAGAAGUUCAAGAAAUACGUAGAAAGCACAAAUGUAUUUGAAAGACAGGCAGCAGGUCGCCUUCUCUGCGAUGCGGCGGAAUCCUGCGACACGAAAGAUGAAUUUAGCUCGGCGAUGAUGUUCGUUUCGAGGUUGUCUGUUGAUCCAGAGCCUUCUGUCAGGGCAGAAUUGAUUGAAAAAGUCCCCGGACUAGUCAGGAUUUGCAACGAUCGGUGCGCUAAGCUGGAUUUGGACCCAUCAAUGAUCGAGGACGAGAUCCUGCCGCUCGUUAUUAAUUACCUCGAAGAUGUCACAAACAACGUUCGAAAAACUGCCCAGGCGGCGCUUGUCAACAUUCUCGACUUGUUCUCGCACGAAGUCUGUCACAAGAAGAUCCUGCCCAACAUCAUCGCCCUCUCGAGCAAACAAAACGAUGACCACAGAACGGAAGCAGUAAUUCUGCUGGCCAAGUUGUGCCCUAUUCUUGGCGAGCAAAUCACAGUCGAAGAAAUACUGCCCGAAUACGUCAAGGCCUGCCAAGACGAGCUAUUCCAUGUGAGAAAAGUUGCUGCCCAACAAGCUCCAGAAGUCGCCAAGCUCAUUGGCCCAUCAUUGACAGAAACUAUGAUUCUUCCGCAUUUUGCUAAACUGGCAGAAGAUGUUGUCUGGGGAGUGAGGAAGGCUUGUUCAGACUCGAUGGCAGCACUUUCGGAACAUGUUUCGACUACAGUCAGGGAAGAGCAACUCUGCCCGAUGUUUGUCGAUCUUCUUAACGACGAGUCGCGCUGGGUCAGGAUCAGUUCAUACCAGGAACUUGGAAAGUUCAUCGCUACUUUUGCCAAACCGCAUGAAGCAAAGGAUGAAAGCUUCGUGGUCGAAGAAUCCGAAUUCAACGCAAUGAAGUUUUGGAAAGAAGAUCUUCCAGAAGUCGAUUUUGACGCGCUUUUGUUGGGCGAGGAGCCGCCACCGCCAUUGGAAGACGUGAAAAAUCCAACAGAAGAAAAGGAAAAAGACAAUUCAAGCGAUGAGUCUGAAACGAACGAUCAAGCAGAUCAGAGCGCCUUGCCCGAAGCUGAUCAAGACAUCCAAGCAGGCGAAAAUCAGAAGAAACAGACCUUCGAACAGUCAAUCAAAAAUAAUAUCGUCUUUGUUGAUAAUGAUGAAGACGUGCCUAUCAAUUAUGCAGAGGGAGAUGAAAGUCAUGGUAGCUUACUGAAUCACUUCACAGACAUGAACCUUGACGAGCAAGCGAACGAGUCUGGCGACGCCAACACCUCCCUUCCCGAUCCCUUCGACCCGGAAAGGAUGGAAGACGACGAUGUAGACAUCGAACUGUCCAAUAGAAACCCUGGCUACAACACUUACCUCGGCAACGACGACGGCUUCUCCGCUUCAUCCCUUCGCUCCGACACUCCCGAUAAUUUAGACGAUGCUAAUGAUCAGAUCGAGCCGCAGGAUGUCAUUCCAGAAGUGCUACUCAAAUACUUCAUCUGGAUGACGACGCCUAAAAAACUCGGCAACGAAUUCCACGAUUCUGAGCUCGCCCGACAUUGCGCCUUCUCCCUUCCCGGAGUGGCACUUACCCUUGGAAAGAAGAAUUGGAAGUGCCUGCGCCAAGUCUAUUCGACUCUUGCGAACGAUGUCCAGUGGAAAGUCCGCCGCACACUUGCCUCAUCUAUUCACGAAAUUGCCAAAAUUCUUGGAGACACAUUGACGGUCAAGGAACUCGAGCCAAUUUUCCGUACUUUCUUGAGCGAUUUGGACGAGGUUCGACUUGGUCUUCUUUGCCACAUUUCCGACUUUCUAGCUUUAACAAAUGAAGAUGUAAAAACAACGUAUUUAACACAAAUGAGUGACUUUUUGACAAGAAACUGGCGCUUCCGAUUAACAUUAGCAUAUCAAUUAUCGAAAGUAAUAUCGCUAUACACACCCCAACAAGUUAUGGACCACCACGUACCUAUCGUAAUCAAGCUUCUUCAUGAUCAAAUCGCUGCAGUCCGCAUCCAGGGCGCACAUCUUGCUGCUGCUGUUACUCGACAUUUAAUGACAGAUAAAAAUAAUACGUUACAUAUAGACUUUAUCCGAAUGCUCAUCAGCCACACAGAGCAAGAAUCCAAAGACCACAGAUGGCUUCACAGAACAGUCUUUUGUUACUACAGUGCCGCGUGCAUGCACCCAGCGCGCGUGCCCUUCCCGGCCGAGGAAGACGCCGAAGGCGGCGUGCCCGAGGAAGGCCGCGAUUACUCACCCGUGCUCACACUUCAAGAGUUUAUCGAGCAUUUGAUGCCCACACUCGUCGUUCUCUCGAGAGAUAGUAUUGUAAACAUUAGGAUAUGCGCCGCCAGGUGUCUGAAAGCAGUCAGAGAUGAGGAGGAGUACCUAAGAAAUGCUGAAAACGAAGAAACAGUUAUUCUGGAGAACGUCUUCAAGCGAUUAGCAACGGACAAGGAUCGAGAUGUAAAAAUGGUUGUUCAAGAAUGGGUAGAAGACGAAGUUGAAGACUACCACGACGAUGACGAUGAUUUCGACGACGAUGUGAUCCAACAUCUGACACCAGAACAGCUCAACGACAUGGUUCAAAAUCUCAACAACUCUGAGUCAGAGGAUCUAAGUUAUAACCCCCGGUCGCCCGAACCUGAGAACGAACCCAUCAUCGCUAAUCUGGAACCAGAGCGACUCGUCUCCGCCGCCGUCCCAAUCCCCGCUGCCGCUGGUGGACCAGCAAUAAUCGUUGAAGACCUCGAGAACUCGCCGACCUCCGACCCAGAAGAAGAAAAGGAAGAGAAGGAGAAGUCAAAAGAGGACGACGAAGAAACAUUCUAA